UCGUGUGUGCACUUCGUACCCAUUGAGGUACGGGGAAGGUGCUGUGAAUAUGUAACGCCAUGUAGUUUUAUUUAUUUAGUAAACUUCGCGUGAUCGCAUGUACACCGUCACCAUGGAAUGAUUUAAUUGUUGCUGUCCAAAGAGGAAUAACUACACGCAAUUGACUAGGGCUACGAAAACCAGCGCAUGUUUUUGCGAGUGGCCCAGGUCUUAUAUAAAGCAGCUAGCUAGCGUCCGGAUCGAAAAUGGAGACGGGGAUACAACACCGUACGGAACAAUUUGUCCACGAUAUAUCCAACCCUGAUGCAGCGGGUCUGUGUGCAGAAAUGCUUGAAGUGGCGGAGGAGGCCAGCCGCGCAGGGGACUUUGAUUUCGCUGCAGAGAUCUACGGGUCUCAACUAGCGGAUCUCGCCCAACCGGAUCGGGGACUUUGUUUGCGCAGAGCAGACGCCUUGGCUCGGUGCGGGCGGAUAGCCGAGGCGCUGGACUCCUACUGCACGGCCGCCAGUCUCAGCAGACUCCGGUCGGAAGAACUGGGACUUUUAGUCGAAAGCAUCGCGCGGAGCCUGCGGGAUAAAAACGAGUCCCUAAAAAGUAUAGAGAACAAACCCGGCUGCCAACUGAGCGGAGAUGGGGGCAUUGAGGGUAGCGAGGGCGCGCUAGAAGAGGAGAAAUCUCUAGACCUGUUUUCAUGUCGGCUUUGCAAGUCCUUGUUGACCGAGCCUACAACCUUACAGUGCGGGCACACUUUCUGCAAACGAUGCCUGGACAACGAUAGCGUCACCGAAUGUAGCAUGUGCAAAUAUAAGCUGAACAAAAAGAACGGAAUUAUCCAGCCCAUGGGUUUCAGAGUAAAUGUGAUUCUUAGUGGCUUGCUGGAAAAGUGGUUCGACUCGGAAAGCAAAGCCAGGCGGUACUGGCUUGAAGGGGAAAGUUUGUGGAAACAGAAGGAUUAUCCGGAAGCGCUCGAGAAGUAUAACCAAGCUGUAGAAUUAGCUCCGUCAGACUAUCAGCUGAUUGGUCAGAGAGCCAGGCUGCACGUGGACAUGGAGAGCUUCAGCCAAGCAGCCCAGGAGGCGGACAGCAUGUGCCAGCUGAAGCCGCUGUGUCCCGAGGCACACUACCUGAAGGCCACAGCACUGAGUAAGUUGGGGCGGAAGGAGGAAGCUCUGCAGGAGUACUUCCUGUGUGUGGCGCUGAAGCCAGGCUGGGCUGUGGUCAGGCGGGAGGCCCAGAAGAUUUUGAGCGAGGUGUUCUCCUCGGUGUUUGAGCGCGAAGGCCUGCCCACCCCCCUGCGCCCCCACCAGGGUGGUGCCAUCUCCUCCUGCUUCAAGCCCUCAGCCCUCCCGGGGUCCGCCCUGCCCCCCCCGCACAGCGAGGGUGCGCUGGCCGGCUGCUCCAAGGACCCGGCGUGGAGUCUGGCUAAGACGCUGGCGUGUGAAUUCCGGGCGAAUGCUGGCGAGCUGACCCCCCUGGCGCAUGGCACGCUUGAUCCCCCCUCUCUGGAGGACCCCAAAACCUUGACCGCCGUCCUCUCCAGCUUCCCCGCCCACCCCAGCCUGAAGAGAAAAUGCCCCAGUGAUGUCACAGCUCUCAGCCCCCCCACCAAGCUGCUAAAGCCAGAUGGGACCUGUUCCCCUCCCUGUGGGGGGAGGCAGGUGCCCCCUGAGCUGCUGGACAGUGCGGAUAUGGAGUGCUCCCUGUGCAUGAGGUUGUUCUACGAGCCCGUGGCCACGCCCUGUGGACACACCUUCUGCCUGAAGUGUCUGGAGCGCUGCCUGGACCACAACCCCACCUGCCCACUGUGCAAGGAGAACCUGUGUGAGUAUUUGGCCACCAGGGGGUAUCAUAAGACGCUGCUAAUGGAGGAGGUGCUGGUGCGCUACCUCUCUGACGAGCUCGCUGAGAGGAAGAAGAUCCAGGAGGAGGAGCUGAAAGAGCUGUCCAACUUGACCCAGGAAGUACCCAUCUUUGUUUGCACCAUGGCAUUUCCCACAAUCCCUUGCCCUCUGCAUGUGUUUGAGCCUCGCUACCGACUGAUGAUUCGGCGCUCCAUGGAAACCGGAACCAAACAGUUUGGCAUGUGCAUCGCUGACGAGCAGAAAGGGUUUGCAGACUACGGCUGCAUGCUGGAGGUUCGCGAUGUGAAGUUCUUCCCGGACGGUCGCUCGGUGGUGGACACCAUCGGCGUGUCCCGAUUCAAAGUGCUGAGCCACGGACAGAGAGACGGGUACAACACCGCCAAAAUCGAGUACCUGGAGGACCGGAAGGUGGAGGGGGCGGAGCUUGUGGAGCUGCUGAGGCUGCAUGACUCUGUGUAUGAGCAGGCCUCCGCCUGGUUCUCCUGUCUGAAGGACAACCUGAAGAGCCAGAUCCUCAGCCACUUCGGCAACCUGCCCACUAAAGACUCCAGCCCGCAGGGCAGUCCUGGUGGGCCGGCCUGGUGCUGGUGGCUCCUGGCCGUUUUGCCGCUGGAGAACCGUGCCCAGCUCACCAUCCUGGCCAUGACCUCCCUCAAAGAGCGCCUCAUCGCCAUCCGCCGCGUCCUCAUCUUCGUCACCUGCAAACGGGCACGGUGACUGACCGCCGCGUCGCCAUGGGGACCGGGCCACGUGGAGGGGCGGGGCUCUACGGGGACCAGUGUGGUGCUCUGUGCUGCUUUCUGUUUGUUCUUGUUUGUUUUCUGAAAUGUGGGUCCCGUGUGAUUGGUUGGGACUGCAGUGCAUGCGUUGCUGUUGUGGCUCAUCUGCACAAUGCUGGAGUUUCAGCAGCGUUUUUAAUUCAUUGAUCCAGCGGCUCUACUCCACCCCCCCCCACGCUGGGACCUGCCUAUUGCCACAUGGCCCCGCCCCUCUCCAGGUGUGGACACGUUGGGGGGCUCAGUUCAGUUGUUAAAGACCCACUAGAGAGCUGUGCCUCUCUCUGUGCUGCUUUAAAUUAUUAAGGAGUAAAGUGCAACUUACUGGUUCAUUUCCAACAGAAAAGAAUUUUUGAAGAUAAAGUACAUAUGGGAAAAUAAGCCGGCAUGUUGAUGUGUGUUGGUGCUGGCUGCCGCUUGGUCUCCUGGUGUGUGUGAGGUGUCUGUGAGCUCCGGUUAGAAAACGGCAAUCUGUCCAUGGAGACCUAGAGCGUUACUGUCCGUGUUUCACAUAAAGAGACUGCACUUGUUGCACAAAGCUAGCUUCAGCACAGAAGGCCCAAAGCCUUCCUAUAGCUUCCUAAAACAGCCUGUGGCUCUGUAGGACCAGGGAGGGGACCCCAAAACACUCUGUGACUCUGUAGGCCCAGGGAGGGGACCCCAAAACUCUCUGUGACUCUGUAGGACCAGGGAGGGGACCCCAAAACAGCCUGUGACUCUGUAGGGCCAGGGAGGGGACCCCAAAACAGCCUGUGACUCUGUAGGACCAGGGAGGGGACCCCAAAACACUCUGUGACUCUGUAGGACCAGGGAGGGGACCCCAAAACACACUCUGGCUCUGUAGGACCAGGGCUGGGGACCCCAACACACACUGGCUCUGUAGGACCAGGGCUGGUGACCCCAACACACACUGGCUCUCUAGGACCAGGGCUGGUGACCCCAACACACACUGGCUCUGUAGGACCAGGGCUGGUGACCCCAACACACACUGGCUCUGUAGGACCAGGGCUGGGGACCCCAACACACACACUGUGGCUCUCUAGGACCAGGGCUGGGGACCCUUGUGCUUGAAGUAAACCGAACCUCUACUCCUCAGAAUUUGGGGAUGGGCUUUGCCCGAUGCUGCUGCUGCCCGUGUUCGCUGCCCUGUCAGGCUGGCAGAGGGCAGCUGGUUGGUUGCUAUGGCAACUUACACCAGACUUUUACCUCUUAAAACAAAAAAAAAAACUGCGGGUCUGAUUGGCCUCCUAGCAUGAAGCCGACUCUUUCACCACUGUGAGCACUUACCUGGUGAAAUGAGUUCACUUACCUGGUGAAAUGAGCUCACUUACCUGGUGAAAUGAGUUCAGUUUCCUUCUUGCCUCAUUUUUGUUUCAGAAAACUCUUCCAAACGGCUCCAUUGUAGUUGGCGCUAAAACAGUCUCAGGUGAGAGUCAGCUCUGCUUCAAUGCAUCCUGAAUAACCAGCUCGGUUUGGAAUGUGUCAUUAUCACAUUAUGGUGUAGAUGGUGUUUGAAUUGAGUAGGAUAUGUAUUCAAUCAGUAGUUUUCAGGUAAGGGUUGAACUUUUUUUUUUAUUUUUUUUUUUUAAGUUCUGUAUGUUAAUUGAUUCUGUGUAUUUUUAUGGUUGUCCUGAGCAAAAUCUUUGAACUGUUUUUUUAUUUUUUAUUUUAUUUUUAUUUUUAUUUUUUUGAGGUUCAAUGUACAAUUGAGGCCUUCUACAUGUAAAUAGACAUUUUUUUCUAUUGUGAUUUCAUGUUUUCUUCUGUGUGUGAUCUGUACUGUUUGUGUAAUGUCUCUGGUUACCAUGUCCAAUUCAGACAGAUAAAUGCUGCAUUAUCACAUUAUUUAUAUUUGUACUGUAAAAGAUUAUAUUUAACUUAUUUUCAAUUUGAAAUAAAAAUGCCUGAAAGUAAA